AUGGUAUUGGAAGUCAAGCCUAAGACCAAGAAGUUCAAGGCCCAGAACAUCCCAGGAGUGCCGGACCAUGUGUACUUCACCGACUUUCUUGGAAGUCGUGACGAGAGUGUUCCCAACCCAAUAACCGGUUCUUGGUUUCGCAUCGAGCGAGGACCUCCAUCUACGCCGCCCAAGUACGAAUACGACGAGGUCGGUGUUGUCAUUGAAGGUAAUCUCCCCGGCGAACUGUUGGAUUUCGGAUAA